UUUGUAAUUUUCACCUUGUUUAAAGAUAUAGAAUUGACUCUCAAGUGCAUUCUCUCUCAUACAUGCGCGAAACGAAAGAGAAGUAUUUUGAAGUAUUGCUAGAUUCACACUGAAUCCGAUGUGCGUCGUAUGACGUUCUGCAACCAAUCAGAAAAUAGAAUUUUAUUUCGUAUGGACGAUACGAAGCAAAAGCCUGUUUUCUGAUUGAUUGCAGAACGUCGUAUGACGCACAUCGGAUCCAGUGUGAAUCCAGCAUAUGCGAACAAAUCUUACAAAACUGAAAACAUAACCUAAUUAUCUGGCAGCUGUAAACGAUGUGAUAAUAACAGUACAGGUCCUUAUUAGUCGAAAAAUUUCAUUUGCGAAAAAGUUAUACACAUAUAUUGACAUAUCUUCUAGUAGAAGAUCCUCAGCAACCAGAGUCGAUUGGUACACUGUCGACAAUGUCGUCUGACAUAAUUGAUGAAACCGUCGAGUUAGACCCAGUAACUGGUUUAUAUUGCACGAUGUCUUUGUUUACCAAUGUCACAAAUAUCGCUGAACUACGCGAGAAACUCAUUACCGAGAAGCUUGAUUGUUGCAUGGUAAAUGUUGCAAUCAUUGUAGAUACUUUUCAAGCGGUGGUAGCUGCCAAUAAAGCCGCCCUCAAUGCUACGCGAAAGCAACUGGUUACAAAAAACAUAAAUACAGAAGUCUUAUUUAGCAUGUCUUUGUCAGAUAGCAUAAUUUGUGCCUUGGAUGAGUUUGGUCUUAGUGAUGACGUUAAAAAUCUCCUGAUGAUAAUGAUACACAAGGACGGUGAAGAAAAAGCUAUGCUGGAGAAGAUCUCAGAAAAUGUUAAGGGAAACAAAGUAUCCAUUUCAAACCUGAAGAAAUUUACAGAUGAAAAUCAUGUUAAAGAAACUUACGCCAUCAAUGUUAUCGAACAGCAGAAUUCUAAUAUUCUUGAUAUUAUUGUUUCGAAGAUUAGUGGCUCUACAUUAUUUCCACCAAAGAAUCGAAAUAGAAGGCGUAUAUCAUAUGAACAAUGUGAACAGAAGAGUUGACAAUAUGCUAAUACAGAAUAAUUAUUAA